AGAGCCUCUGCUGCAGAAUCACGGGGAAAAGCGAAGCCGAAGUCGCCCACCAGUUCCAGUUUGCUGUGCGAGUCAUUGGCAGUAACUUCGCCCCCACUAUUGAACGGGACGAAUUCCUGGUCACGGAGAAGAUCAAGAAAGAAUUGCUGAAGCAGCGGCGAGAGGCAGAUGCUGCUCUCUUCUCAGAACUGCAUAGAAAACUUCAGACACAGGUGUGUUGACGCCAGAGUCUCUGAGGGAAGUCACGGCAGAUGCAGCAGGACGGAAUCUCCACUGAUGUCGCCGGGUGUUCUGAAACAUCGCUGGUCUAUUCUUCACUUGUUGCUCAUCCUCUCUGAAGACCCCCGCAAGCCUUCCAGCAGGGUUGGAAACUAUGGCGCGUUGUUUGCCCAGGCACUCCCCAGAGAUGCCCACUCCACGCCGUUCUACUGCACCCGGCCCCAGAGUCUGGCCCUGAGCUACGGGGACAGGUGCGCUGGCCUGUCGACCAGUAUGGGCACCAGCGGGAUCUCCAGUCUGGGAGUCUACACACUCAACGGCCCCACUCCAACUCCACAGUCGCUGCUGGCAGGUCAACCUCCAGCUGGGGGCGCUCCACUUUUAGGCUCUCGACUAGCCUGGGCUCUCCCCACAAGCUCCUCUCCCUCGGCUGUGGGCCCCGCCACCAUCCGACCACCCCUCGUACCCAUGCUUCCUACCACGAGAGCACUCCGACCUCGUCACGACGGCGAUACGGAUGGCGAGGUGACCGAGGCAGCACUGGUGCGGGACAUCCUCUAUGUCUUCCAGGGGAUCGAUGGCAAGUUCAUCAAGAUGAGCGCCCAAGAUAAUUGUUACAAAAUAGACGGCAAGGUGGUGGUGAACAAAUCCCUGCGGGACAUCAGCAGCAGAUUAGCUGAGCUCGGCUGGCUGCACAAUAAAGUCAGAAAGUACACAGACGCCAGGAGCCUGGAUCGGGCCUUCGGACUGGUUGGACAGAGCUUCUGUGCAUCGCUCCACCAGGAGCUAAAAGAGUACUAUCGGCUCCUUUCCGUCCUCCACUCUCAGUUGCAGGUUGAAGAUGACCAAGGUGUCAACAUGUGCACAGAGAACGCGUUAACUCUCAGAAGACUCCUCGUUUGGAUUUUUGACCCCAAAGUGCGGCUCAAAAUGCUGGCCGCCCUUGUCGACUUCUGCCAAGGCCGGAAGGGUGGCGAGCUGGCCUCAGCUGUCCACGCCUACGGGAAAACAGGAGACCCACAAAUGAGGGCGCUGGUGCAACACAUCCUCAGCCUGGUAUCACACCCCAUUCUGAACUUCUUGUAUCGCUGGAUCUAUGAUGGAGAACUUGAGGACACUUACCACGAGUUCUUUGUAGCAUCGGAUCCAAACGUGAAGACUGACCGCCUGUGGCAUGACAAGUAUUCUCUCAGGAAGUCGAUGAUCCCUUCGUUCAUCACCAUGGACCAGGCUCGCAAGGUUCUGCUGAUUGGUAAAUCCAUCAACUUCCUGCACCAGGUGUGCCAUGACAGAACGCCACCAGGCAAAAUCACGCCAGCAUCCAAGUCUGCAGACACACCCAAAGAUGCAGCAGAACUCCUCUCAGACCUGGAGGGGGGGUUUCAAGCAAAGAUUGACGCCGCCUACUUUGACACCAGUAAAUACCUGCUGGACGUCCUCAACAGGAAUUACCUCCUGCUGGAGCAUCUGCAGGCCAUGAGGAGAUACCUACUGCUGGGCCAGGGAGAUUUCAUCAGGCACCUCAUGGACCUGCUCAAACCGGAGCUUGCGAGACCUGCCACUACUUUGUACCAACACAACCUGACGGGAAUCCUAGAGACGGCGGUUCGAGCAACCAACGCCCAGUAUGACAACGUGGAGAUCCUCAAGCGUUUGGACGUACGACUGCUUGAGGUGUCUCCUGGUGAUACUGGCUGGGAUGUAUUCAGCCUGGAUUACCACGUGGAUGGACCCAUUUCUACGGUGUUCACCAGGGAAUGUAUGGGCCACUACCUGCGAGUAUUUAAUUUCCUGUGGCGGGCCAAGAGGAUGGAGUACACCCUCACGGACAUCUGGAAGGGGCAGAUGUGUAGCGCCAAGCUGCUCCAAAAUAUGCCCGAGCUGUCGGGCGUGCUGCAUCAGUGUCACAUCCUGGCGUCUGAGAUGGUCCACUUCAUCCACCAGAUGCAGUAUUACAUCACCUUUGAGGUGCUGGAAUGUUCCUGGGACGAGCUGUGGAACAAAGUACAGCAGGCGCAGGACCUGGACCACAUAAUAGCUGCACAUGAAGUCUUCCUGGACACCAUCAUCUCAAGAUGCUUGUUGGACAAUAACAGCAGGUCCCUCUUGAACCAGCUGAGAGCCAUCUUUGACCAAAUCAUCGAGUUCCAGAACGCUCAGGACUCUCUUUACCGCGCCGCACUGGAGGAGCUCGCCCUGCAGCUGGAGUUUGAGGCGAGGAAGGAGAAGAACCAGGCGGAGGGUCAGUGGGGGGUCACGGCCAAACAGGAAGAGGAGGAGAAGGCGAGGAUUCGGGAGUUUCAGAAAACGAUACCAAAGAUGUGCUCGCAGGUCCGCAUCCUCACACACUUCUACCAGAGUAUAGUCCAGCAGUUCUUGGUGCUCCUCACCACCAGCACCGACGAGAGUCUUCGUUUCCUCAGCUUCAGACUGGACUUCAACGAACAUUACAGGGCCAGAGAGCCGAGGUUGCGUGCGUCGCUAGGAGCCACACGGGGGCGACGGCUGUCCAAUAUCUGACCUUUAAACUUUUGGAACAACGAGUAGGAAACGACAAAGAGGACCACCAGCACUUGACUCCAACAUGAUGUCCUGCACUCAACCAUCUCUGGCCACAUCCCGUUGGGAGACCCAGGAAAGUGAAAACAACAACAAAAAAUCAGCCUUACUGAUGGAAAACAUGUUGUUCCUCUGCAUGGGUGCCAAGUUGAGGCGUGUGCGUGUGUGUACAGUAUGUGUGUAAUGUAUGCAUAUGUGUACAGUAUGUGUGUAAUGUAUGCAUAUGUGCAUACAGUAUGUGUGUACAUAUUAAACAGUAUGCGUAAACUGCAUGCAUACAGUGGGGCAAAAAGGUAUUUAGUCAGCCACCGAUUGUGCAAGUUCUCCCACUUAAAAUGAUGACAGAGGUCUGUAAUUUUCAUCAUAGGUACAUUUCAACUGUGAGAGACAGAAUG